AUGGAUCCUAUUAACUUUGGAAAUUAUUUUAUUAGAGAAUCAUCAAAUAAUAAUAAUAAUAAUAAUCAAAAUAAUCAAAAUAACAAUAACAAUAAUAAUAAUAAUAAUCAAAAUAUGAAUAAUAUAAUGUUAAACGUUAAUGAUAGAAAAUAUAUAAGUGGAAGUGCAAGAAACUUUCCACAACUAUCACAAGAAUUUCCAGGUUCUCCAGUCAAUACAUCGACCACAUCAACUUCAUCCUCUAAUUUAAACCAACAGAGAUCUCAAUAUAAAUCACCAGAUAUCAUGCAUGUGAGACGUGUAAAGUCAUCCAACUCAUCACCCUCUCUAACGACGCCCAAACACAAAAAACAAUUACCAAGUUUGCCAUCAUCGAGUAGCAAAAAUCAACCAUCCAGCAGCAGCAAAGACAGAAAAGAAACAUCAAUGUCAUUAUCGAGCACUCCAAAUCAUCAUUCAACCGAUUAUACACCAUCGAUGGGCAUGCCAUCAUCCUAUUCACUUUACCAGUCGCCUUUUUCCAAUAUGUCAUCAUCUCCCGAUCAAAACAUGAUCUUUACUUCACCAUCAUCAAUGUCGUCAUCCUCGCAACAAUUAACCAACCCAACGUCACUCAACUUUAGAUACAAUGACAACAACAAAAGUCAUCAACCAUUUAUUGGAACCGAUAUUCUCAGUCAAUUGCCAGAGGAAAUCCUUAUCACCUUUUUGUCAUUCCUCUCAGUUUCCGAUCUCUAUUGGUGUACUUUUGUUUGCAAGACUUGGAAACGUCUUUGUGAAGAUGAGUACAUUUUCAAGAAAAUCUGUCACAAGAGUUAUCCAUGUCUAAGCAAAUACAUCAGACCUCCCUUUGAAACAAGUUGGAGAAAAUAUUAUAAUAUGAGAAAGUCAUCAUUUUUAGUUUUAGGUGGACCAGUAGCACAAUCAAGUUGUAUGGAUGAUAUUUGUAAAAAGUUAAGAGAAUGUGGACUUGAUAAUGUAGAUAGUUUUUAUACACAAAAGAGAUUGCCAACAUUGGAAGAAUUGCAAAAAUAUACUGGCGUUUUAAUUUAUAGUUACAAUUCAUCGGCAUUUUUAGAUGGUCAAACUAUGGGUGACGUCCUCUCUGACUAUGUAGACAAUGGUGGAGGUGUCGUCGUCACUGUGUUUACCAAUUGUAAUAAUCUUAGAAAUGGUUUCCUCAAGGGUAGAUUCUUUGAUCAAAACUAUCAUCCAAUCAAUCCAGCUCGUCAAGCUGAUACAAAUGGAAAGAAACCUCUCACACUUGGAAAAGUAGUUAUUCCAAAUCAUCCAAUUCUUAAUGGAAUUAAAUCAUUGGAUGGUGGUAGAUCAUCAUUCUUUUGUCCAGGUUCUGUAAAUUCUGAAGCCAAUUUGGUCGCCGAAUGGUCAAAUGGAGCUCCAUUGAUUGCCGAUCUCUCUAAACAAAAUGGAAAGGUUGUAGCACUCAAUUUCUUCCCUCCAAGUAGUGAUACUGGAGAUGCAAGAUUUUGGUCGUCAGACUCUGGGGGUGCCCAAAUGAUGGCCAAUGCCUUGGCCUAUGUCGGAAGAAGCUCUGCUUUGCGAAAAACUAAAAGCCAAUCGGAAAAUGGAUUAACCAGCAGCGAUAGAAUUAAAGACCACGGAGAAGGUGCUAGUAGUCUUGCCGAAAAAGAUUACAAUCAAAACAAACAAAAGGAAAAGAAACACAAAUUUCUCGGAAAGAAGUUACCUUUUCUCUAUAAGCUCUUUUCUUCUUCCAAAAGAGUUUAA